GCGGCGGGGCGGGCGCUGUGCGGUGGCGGCGGCGGCCAUGUCGGAGCGGCGGAGCGCGGCGGGCGAGGCGCUGUCGCGGCUCUCGGAGUGGGCGGACGCGCACCUCGGCCUCGUGCGGAGCCUCAGCACCGGGGUGGCCGUGGCCGGGCUGAUCGUGCUGGCGAGGAGCGUCCGCCUGACAACAAAGUUUACGAGUGCUUUGGAUAUACCCGUGGAAUUUGUAGAGAAGAAUGUGAAAUUGCGGGGAAAAAUACAUCACGUAACUGAGAAAGGUCUAGAAGUUGAGCACAUUCCCAUUAGCAUUCCUUUCAUUACAUUUUUACAGAGAAAAUGGCAAUCAAACAGUCUUUUGCUGAUAAGACUUGCUGGAGUGGAGUUGACUCCGAGUGGCAUGGUCUGGUUACUGGAAGAGUUGAAACCCUCGCAAAUGAUCUGGUUCCAACUUCUUGGAAGGCAGGACUUGGCACUUGAGUGCCUUGUUUUAGUAAAUAAGGGUCGAUUUCUCAGUGUGUGCUUAAAUGAAGAGAUCUUGAGACAAGGGCUUGGCCGAACAGCACGUAUUGAAGGACUGCAUCAUGAUUCUCGCCUGUACUGGAAACUUCACAAAAGACUGCUUCGAGCAGAGUUAAAGGCCUUGAAGAAAAACAAAGGAAUAUGGAAAGAAGAAAGCUCUUUUGAAAAAAUUAGAGAUCAUAUAAGCAACAAUAAAUUUGUGCAGACACUGAAGCAAUUUGCAAACUGGUUAAGAAGCUAUAUUUAAAGGUAGAAUGGGCAACUUGUUUGGAAAAGUGCCAGUUAUCUAUGGUAUGUGCUUUGUGUAAGGUAGAAGUUCCUAUAAAAAAAACAGUCCUGUAAUUUCGGGAGUCCUGUCUUAAAGAGAUAAAGCCUUAAGGUCACCUGAAGUCAUGUUAUAACUUUAUAUAUAUAGCCUUGAAGUUUAGAAGAAGCAUUCAGUAUACAAAUUAAAAUGUUCUUAAGCUAAGCAUUUCCACACUAAUUUCCUAGUCUUGUUUUCCAGCUGCUGCUACACAGCUGUGUUAAUUGUGGUGACAGCAGUUGAGAGCUGAGGUUUUUAAAAGGUGGGAAAUACUAGUUCACAGUGUAGUGCAUAUCUGUUGCAUGUCAUAAUUAUGUAACAGGCAUUGGCUUGAAAUUUGCAAUUAUUAAUUAGCUUUUUUCAGAACUCGUGGGAUUUAUUUGCACAUCAGUAUUUUGUUUGAAUUCUCUUAUCCCCUUUCUGAGUAUAAUUUGUUUUAAAAAACUUUCAUCUUAAAUAAUGAGCUGCAUUAUUACCAGUAGAAGAGGUAAUUUGUUGCAGCUAAUCUUAGAAAGCUGAUAAGCUCAUAGCAACAAGUUUUUUGAAAAAAAUCUGCUUGAAGUAUAUUAAAGAACAGAAAUUAAUGUCAGUAAUUCCAAUUUGUAGAACAUAAGAUGAACUUUGAGUUGCAGAAUUUUAUACUUACAUCUGAGGGAGAAAUCUAUGCUGUUUUUUCUCAUAGUUCUAUAAAUAUCUAAUAUCAGACUGAAAUGAAACUUUAAGGUGAAGUUUGAAGGGUGGACCAUACUGUGCUAAGAAGUUAAAUCCUCAUUCUUGUUUUAUUUUUGAAACAAAUGUCAAGCAUAUAAGUUUAUUAUUAUUUAUUUUGUAAAUAUUCUCAGAAUAAACAUUGAAUUUCUUAUGUCCAUUGUCACAUUUUAUAGACCAAACACUUGGCCUUUAGAUAAUCAUAUGGACUGUGAUAAACAAAGUGAACUGUUUUACAGAGUUCUUUCUUUCUGUAUAUUACCUCGGCAGCCAAAUAACAGGGAGAAGCAUGUGGUAUCAAAACCUAACUUAAUAACUGGGCACUGUUUGUCUGAUAUCGGUUGCUAUGCCGUAUUUUUUUCCUGCUGAUUACAAUGGCAGAACUGUGAAUCCUGCCAUCCUGAAGCUUUUCCUUGGGUAUGAGCAACAUCAGUGUUUCUCUGUGACUUGUGUUCACUGGCCCUCUUGGGGUGUGACUCCCUUCUGCAAAGCACAGUGAAGUUAGCCAGAAGUACCUGCAGCACGGAUCUCAUCUGGGCAGGGCGCGAUGGCGAGAGGGGAAGCAGCUCUACACACAGAGGCAGACUUUGAUGGAAGUUGGCAACCAGGUAUCCGUGCGUGUUUUUAAAAAAACCUUGGGCAUCCGGUUUUAUGCAUUGUACAUUAAAGGGCUUUGCCAAUCAUUGCUUUGCUAUUUGGACAUAAAAGUCAUACGGAUGGUAAAGGAUGAGGGAAUAUGUUGUAGCCUCUUCUUAAGCCAAACUGUACUAAAGUUUACUUUUAACCCCAGACUACACAUUCAGUAACAGCAAUAAUCCCACUUCUUCAUGGUUGCUUAUAGAUGUCCCUGUUUCUUCAUCUGGCAAGUAAAAAGAGAUUUUUCACACUGAACGUAAUUGUACAGUUAGAUAUAGUCUUUUCUAUGUAACUUCUUGCUGUAAUAAUAAAAUAUGUUGUAAGACAA